AUGGAUCAUAAAACCAAUGAAGAAAAGAAGCGGCAAGCUUUCAGGGCCGCUUGCAUCAGACUGAAAGCAUAUCUGGCUGAGAAGAGACUGGCCAGAGAAGAACAACUAUAUGAAGAGGUAUCGGCCAGCACGGCCGAUAUAAUUGAAGAAGGUUUCGAAAAACUGGAUGUAAUCCAACUUGAAGAUUUGGAGUCAGCCCCUUCCAGGAUGGAAGAUAAUAAAGCAGAGGUGCAAGAUCCUUUAUUGGAAAUAAAUGUUGAGAUGCCUGGCCUGUCUAGAAAAUUGGUAGAACAUAGAUUACCGAUCAAGAAAGAUUUUCAGCCAUAUAAACAACCACCAAGAAGGAUGUCUUCGGAAGUAAUGCUCAAAAUUAAAGAAGAAAUUGAAAGACUUCUUAAGGCAGGAUUUAUUCGAACAGUUAGGUAUGUUGAAUGGUUGUCUAAUGUUGUUCCUGUAAUGAAGAAGAAUGGCAAACUUAGAGUUUGUGUGGAUUUUCACAAUUUAAAUAAUGCCACUCCAAAAGAUGAAUAUCCAAUGCCUGUGGCCGAUCAACUUAUUGAUUCGGCCGCUAAGCAUGAAAUAUUGUCUUUUAUGGAUGGCCAUUCAGGUUAUAAUCAAAUCUAUUUAGCCGAGGAGGAUGUUCAUAAAACGGCCUUUAGAUGUCCUGGGUCAAUUGGUACUUUUGAGUGGAUUGUGAUGCCAUUUGGCCUAAAAAAUGCCGGGGCUACUUAUCAAAGGGUAAUGAAUUCUAUCUUUCAUGAUAUGAUUGGCCAAUUCAUGGAAAUUUAUAUAGAUGAUGUGGUUGUGAAAUCAUCAGCCAAGAGACAGCAUUUGGAACACUUGAAAAGGGCCUUUGAAAGGAUGAGGAUUCACAAAUUGAAAAUGAACCCAUUGAAGUGUGCAUUUGGAGUUUCAGCCGGGAAUUUUUUGGGGUUCUUGGUACAUAAACGAGGUAUUGAAGUUGAUCAGAACAAGGUCAAAGCUAUUAUAAAUGCUAGGGCCCCAGCCAACAAAAAACAAGUGCAAAGGUUCCUCGGCCAGGUAGGUUUUCUUAGAAGAUUUAUUUCUAACCAUGCUGGCCGAGUGCAUGUCUUUUCGACUUUAGUGAAAUUAAAGUCACAUGAGAAAUUUCAUUGGGACGAAUCCCAUCAGAAAGCCUUUAACAAAAUAAAAGAGUAUUUGGCAAACCCCCCGGUUGUAAUGCCUCCAAGAAAGAAGUGGCCGUUAAAGCUUUAUUUAUCGGCUGCAGAAGAAUCAAUUGGUAGUAUGCUUGCACAAGACAAUGAACAUGGAAAGGAGCAGGCUGUCUACUACCUGAGUAGAAUACUGACUGAUGUAGAAUGCAGAUAUUCCUCAAUUGAGAAGCUUUGUUUAUCUUUGUAUUAUUCGGCAAUGAAGUUGAGAGUAUACAUGCGGCCUGUUGAUGUUUACAUUCUUUGUCAGACUAACGUGAUCAAGUAUAUGCUAUCAAGGCCAUUGAUCACUGGCCGAGUAGGUAAGUGGGCUUUGGCUUUGAUGGAAUUCAAUUUUAUCUACGUCUCACAAAAAUCAGUAAAAGGAAGGGUUCUGGCUGAUUUUUUGGCCGAUCAUCCUUCAACUGAUAUUGAUCCAUGGGUUUAUGAUGAAUUGGAGUCAUCAGCUAUAUUCUUGACUCCUUGGAUCUUGAUGUUUGAUGGAUCAAGCACGGCUGAUGGAGCAGGAGCAGGUAUUGUUAUUAUUUUGCCAGCUGGCAGAAAGGCUUCAUUCUCUUUCUUUUUAGAUUUUAAAUGUUCAAAUAACCAGGCCGAAUAUGAAGCGCUUAUAAUCAGCCUGGAGAUUUUAAUUGAAAUGGCUUUUUGGCCGAGAGGGCAGAAUAAGGAGGCCAACAGCAUGGCCCAAGCAGCCUCAGGAAUAAGAGUACCAGUCGGAAUAGAAGAGCAGUUGAUAAAGAUAACACGAAGAUCUUUGCCAUCGGCCGAAUUGAGAAAUACUAUGUUUGAUACUUGGACAAUUGAUGUAGAAGAUUUGGCCGACGAUGACUGGAGGAUACCAUUUAUAAUGUUCCUUCGAAAUCCAAACAUCAAGGCUGAUAGAAGUAUUAAAAGAAAAGCGAUCAACUUUGUGCUUCUAGAUGGGGAUCUAUACAGAAAAGGGUUAGAAGAUGGGCUUUUACUACAAUUCAUAAGCAAGGAGGAAUCACUUCAGGUUAUGGCCGAGGUACAUGAGGGCAGCUGUGGGGCUCACCAAGCUGGGAUUAAAAUGAGAUGGCUGAUUCGCAGAUUUGGGAUUCCAGAAACACUUGUUUCAGACAAUGCAACAGUAUUUAGGGCAACUGAUGUACUACAAUUCGGCCACAACAUGAAUAUUCAUAUGUCAGCCUCUAUGCCAUACUAUGCUCAAGCAAAUGGCCAGGCCGAAUCUUCAAAUAAGAUUCUAAUUGAGAUCAUUGAAAAAAUGAUCAAAGAUAAGCCAAGAAGGUGGCAUGAGACUUUGUCUGAAGCUUUAUGGGCCUAUAGGAACUCAAAAAGAACAGGCACAGGAGUUACACCAUACAUGUUAACUUAUGGUCAUGAUGUUGUUCUGCCUAUGGAGAUGAAGGUUAAAUCAGCCAGAGUUGCUUUUCAAAAUAAUCUAACUCCAGCUGAUUAUACUCAAGCAAUGUUGGUAGAAUUGGAAGAUUUGGAUGAAUUUAGAAGGGAUGCCUUGGAUCAUAUCAUAGCUCACAAGAAGAAAGUGAUGAGGAUCUACAACAAGAGGGUAAAACCUAAGUCUUUUGCUGAAGAAGAUUUGGUUUGGAAAGUUGUUUUGCCAGUGGGUAAAGUCGAUAGGAAAUAUGGGAAGUGGUCCCAAAAAUGGGAAGGGCCAUACUUAGUCCAUCAAGUCUUAAGUGGAGGAGCAUAUAGGCUGAAGUAUUUCAGUGGCCGAUUACAUGACUAUCCCAUUAAUGGCAAGUACCUCAAGAGGUACGUACCGGCAAUCUUUGAAAGGGAAAAUUAG